UGCCCGCAGCCGCAGGGAGCCCUAGUCGCGCCUCCGCCUGGUGCGCCCUCCUCGGCCCGUGGACCCCGUGCUGCACUCUGCUGCUGGCAUGUGUGCCGCCCGGAUGCCGCCCCUGGCGCACAUCUUCCGAGGGACGUUCGUCCACUCCACCUGGACCUGUCCCAUGGAGGUGCUGCGGGAUCACCUCCUUGGCGUGAGCGACAGCGGCAAAAUAGUGUUUCUAGAAGAAGCAUCUCAACAAGAAAAACUGGCCAAAGAAUGGUGCUUCAAGCCAUGUGAAAUAAGAGAACUAAGUCACCAUGAGUUCUUUAUGCCUGGGCUGGUGGAUACACACAUCCAUGCCCCUCAGUAUUCUUUUGCUGGAAGUAAUGUUGACCUGCCUCUUUUGGACUGGCUGACCAAGUACACGUUUCCCACAGAACACAGAUUCCAGAGCAUCGACUUUGCUGAAGAAGUGUAUACCAGAGUUGUCAGGAGAACACUAAAGAAUGGAACAACCACGGCUUGUUACUUUGGAACAAUUCACACUGACUCAUCUCUGCUCCUUGCGGAAAUUACAGAUAAAUUUGGGCAGCGGGCUUUUGUGGGCAAAGUGUGCAUGGAUCUGAAUGACACUGUUCCAGACUAUAAGGAGACCACGGAGGAGGCGGUCAAGGAGACAGAGAGAUUUGUGUCAGAAAUGCUUCAAAGGAAUUAUCCUAGAGUGAAGCCCAUAGUGACACCACGUUUUUCUCUUUCCUGCUCUGAAGCUUUGAUGGGUGAACUUGGCAACAUUGCUAAGACCCGUGAUCUGCACAUUCAGAGCCAUAUAAGUGAAAAUCGUGAUGAAGUUGAAGCUGUGAAAAAUUUAUACCCCAGUUAUAAAAACUACACAGAUGUGUAUGAUAAAAAUGAUCUUCUGACAAAUAAGACAGUGAUGGCACAUGGCUGCUACCUUUCUGCAGAAGAACUUAACAUAUUCCAUGAACGAGGAGCAUCAAUCUCUCAUUGUCCCAAUUCUAACCUAUCGCUCAGCAGUGGCUUUCUAAAUGUGCUGGAAGUCCUGAAACAUGAAGUGAAGAUCGGACUGGGCACAGAUGUGGCUGGUGGUUAUUCAUCUUCCAUGCUUGAUGCAAUCAGAAGAGCAGUGAUGGUUUCCAAUAUCCUUUUAAUUAAUAAGGUAAAUGAGAAAAGCCUCACCCUCAAAGACGUCUUCAGACUAGCUACUCUUGGAGGAAGCCAAGCCCUGGGGCUGGAUAGUGAGAUUGGAAACUUUGAAGUGGGCAAGGAAUUCGAUGCCCUCCUGAUCAACCCCAAAGCAUCUGAUUCUCCCAUUGACCUGUUUUACGGAGAUUUUGCAGGUGAUAUUUCUGAGGUUGUUAUCCAGAAGUUCCUCUAUCUAGGAGAUGAUCGAAAUAUUGAGGAAGUUUAUGUGGGCGGAAAGCAGGUGGUUCCAUUUUCCAGCUCAGUGUAAGACCCUUGGGCAUCCACAAAGUUCUCUUGGAAUAAUAUGGUUCCACAACUCUCUUGUGCCCAGGUGGAGUUAGAAAGGAAAAAAAAGUACCUUAUUCUUGGGAUGACUAUCUCUUUCUGUGUCUAGUUACAGUAUUCACUUGACAAAUUGUUUGAAGGAAGUUGAGCUGAUUCUCAACUCUGUUGGGAGAAUUCAUAAUUUUGUGAAAGUAUCUCCCUUUUGGGCUGUUCCGAUUUACUUUAAGCUCAAACAGAAGGGAAUGUUAUUGCUGGUGGUGUUCUAUAAGAUUUAAGUCAACUCUAUUUCAUAUUUGGAAGUGUGGAGAAAAAAAGAUAUUCCUAUAAGGUUAGCUAUUUUGAGGUAAUACAUGCAAAAAUUAAGAAACUGAAAAUGGACCAUUGAGUAUAUUUUUAUGAGGGAGCAAAAGUUAGACUGUGAACAAAUGUUGGAAAAUCACUUUAGAUUGUGUUCGAAAAUUAUAUACUGAGCAUACUAAUUUAAAAAGAGAACUUGUUGAAUUUUAAAAUGUGUUUCUAGACUGACCUUGUGUUUUGGAAAUUUGCACUUAACGGAAUUUGCAUUUCAGAGAUGUGUUAUUGUUGUGCUUUGCCUUAGUUGGAGAUGAAUGUCAGAAACUGAAUGCCACACGCUUUCUUAGUAUAGUUCUAUGCUUCAAAGUGCUUGACAGAAGUUGGAUAUUAAAGAUUUAAAGUCUCUUAGAAAUAUUAUUCCUAUAAUUACAUGGCAUAAAUAGUUGUAUUUUCGUGUACUUGAAAAUCACCUGAAGUUAUAAUUGUGCGAUGCUGUAAUUGCUUCCAUUUUAUUAGAAGAGAAACAAAUUCCGUACUCUGCUGUUGGACAGUUUGAGUCUCCACAGAUUUUGGCAAGUCCUAGGCAACUGGGAGCCCGUCGAUGCUAAUGAGAAGGGUUCCAUUACAAUGGCCGCUUCUCUCCAAUGCUGUGCCAUAGUUGUUGGAAACUUCCUACUCAACUCAGAUAGCAAUUUGCUAGCAUUUUAAAGUGAAGGACAAAUCCUAUUAAGGAAAUGUUACUAAAAAAAAAAAAGAAUCUUUAAACCCGGUAUAUGAAAAUUCUCCAAUUUUAUCUGGUUGUAUGUUUAAUUCCUUACGUAAUUUUUAGGAUGUUAGAAUUUUAAGAUAAUGAAAAUAGGUAGAUGUCCCACUUAAUGUUUAUAUUAAUAGUACUUAAUCUGUAUUAGACAUCUAGGAACAUUAAACAGUAAAUAGUGUUCUAAUAUAGUUUGCUUCAGAAUUUAACCUAAAUUAUGAUCUUAUGAUAAAUCUUUAAAAACUAUUGAUGUGAAUGUUAUUUAAAUCCUAUAUUUUUCUUAUUUAGUUCCAAAUACUAUAAACUAACAAGGAAAAGAAAUAGAUUUUCUUAGUAUAUCAUAACACUCAUUCCUUGGGCUUAGAUGUGACUCCUAAUAUUAACCAUAUAGUAUAAAACUUUAUGUAAUAGAGCUAAUGCUAUGUUUACAUAAUUACGAAUAUAAUUCACCCUCCUGCAAUAUAAAUUUUAUUUUUACAAACUUAUGCUAAUUUAGCAGCAAUUGUCCAGUUUACCCCCCUGGUAGGAACAUUUUCAGAUUUGACUUUAUGUAUACUACACCUAAAGGUAGAACAAAUUUUUGGUCUUUUGUUUCUUUCAAACAGAGUUUGUUUUGUGAAAUAUUGAGAACUCGGUAAAUCUAAUGUCCAGUCUCAGUCUGCAUUUCCAGUAUUUCUAAUUUCUGAGCCAUGCUAAGAUGCCCCACCAAAUUCUCCCCAUUUCUCUGUAAUCUUGGUAGGUGUUCUCCCCCACCCCACCUUAUCCCCUAAUCAAAGAAAGUUGGUUACAUGGUGUCUAACCCAAAUGAGUAGGCUUAGGAAUUUAGAUGAAUGAAUAAGAUCCAAUGUAUAGGCAGUGGUUGUUUCCAGCCUUUGUAAGAUCUUACACUUCCACCUUCCUUAAGGAUGUGCAUUUUAAUGUUCCGCAUCAGUGUCAUUUAGAUUUAGGAUUCAUGUGCAGUAAAUAUAAAGUGUAGCAUCAGAAGCAGAAAGAAUGGCCAUAGACAACCAUUGUGUCAGACAUUAAACUUAGCCCUAACAAUAUAUUCAGACCUGAGUAUCUUUCCUAGUAUAAGGUAGAAUUGCUUACCUGUCCCUCGAUGGAUUUCUCUGCACUGCUUCUAACUAAUGUGUUAGUUAGGUAGCUACACCAAGUGUAGUGUUUCUGAAUGUUACGUAUGCUUUUCUCAAUGCUACAGGCAUCAUCCACACAUGGGCCAGAUGUUCUGCACUUUGAAAUGUUGCCUUUGCCUAAUGUAGGUUAACUUCUUGAAUUGUGGAGAGGCACUAUUCCAAGCCAAUCCUAUUUGUUGCUUGUGUUUGAAUACUUUGCUCUCUGACAGGAAAGAAAGAAUGUAAACUUCUCAUCAGCCUCUUCCUCCCAGACUGUACCAUUUGCCCGACAUUCCGUGGUAUUUACCAUGGAAUACAUAUUAAAAGUGGAAAAUCUGAGAGUGUCAGAUAUCAUAAACUUACAAAAUAUUUUUACAGCUGGAACACCAAAUCAGGCUAAUCAGCAAAGGUGAAUUUUAUUUUCAAAAGAGAGGAGAGAAAACAUGGGAAAUAAAAGAUUAAGAUAUGAAAGACCAUCCUAGUCAUAAGCUGAUAACAAGGAUUCAGCCUCCUCAUUUAUUCUCCCAGCCUCUUCUCUCACUGAAUUGCCAAGGGUUUUAGAAAUCAAGAAGAUAAUCUUUGGAUAUGUUCCCUUCCUGCCAGGAGAAGUUCUUUCUAAGUUAUCGCUGUGAGCAUGAAACCCCUUUGAUUCUCCCUUUUUUUACUUCAGUGAGAAUUUUUCAGGUUAAAGAGAAAGAAAUGUUAGGAAACACUCCCCAUUAUGCUUAGCAGAUUUUCAAAUAUGCCCUUGAAUAUCCCUUUUGGCAGCUGCAGCUGAGAUCUUAGAGAGGAAACGCAAUGGGUGUGAGAUCUUGCAAUGUAUUUUGAAUCUUCACUCCCUACCAGACGCUUCCUAUUUUUAAUCUUUUCACCUAAGAAUCAGGCAUAUGGAAAGUUUUAAAGGCAAGCUGGAAGGCGCAUUGUACCAAUUCUACCUUGUGCCGUACGUGGAGGAUAUCCAGAACCUCAUUGGACCUCUUUUUGUGCUUGUCUAUUUUUUAGUUGAUGAUGAUCCUAGAAACUUUCACAUGUUUAAAAACAAAGAGUGUUCUGAGUUAUUAUAAGGUAGACUAAGAAGUGUGUCAUGGGUAAUGACUUGCAAUUAUUUUUAAAUUGGGUGGGUUGUUAUAAAUUUUUAAGUCUUCUUUUUUCUUUAAAAGCUUAAAGAAGGUGUUUGCAAUUUCAGACCUACUAGUCACUUUAGGUAUGAGUGUGGACCUCACACUGUAUGAUGUCUUAAAGGAAAAAUGGGGAAAGAAAUGCCCACAUGAUAGGAUACUGAGGAAACCCUCCCUUGGUCAGUACAGGUUUUCACACCUGGCUUUAACCUCCCUUUUCUUCCCCCAACCCUGAGCAAUCGAGAUUGAGAAUUGAGGGGCUAGUUUGUGGACUGAGUCCAAAUUUAGUGAAAUGCAAAAGUCAGACAGGCCAGUGAUAAAAGUACACGUAAAUUCCAAGAUGGCUUUCCCAAUCCACGGGAUUCAAGUGACUUGGAUAACAGAUGUUGUUCUUGGCUCAACUAUUAAGUGAUGGUAAUUUGCUCUAAAGCCUGUCAGAAAGCAUUCUUUAGUGAAAACCUUAUGCUGUUGCUAAACUUCUGAUUGCUGCUCUUAAGAAUAUACGUGUAUGUAUUCAUGGGGUUCUGAAUAUUUGUGAUUUACAUAUUGUUAUUGUGCUGAGUGAGCUCCUUUGUGCUUCAAACAAAAAUAAAUGAGAUUUUGUGUUUACGUUA